GCUGCCUCCAAGCAAGAGAACUCUGACGAGUCAACGUCUGAAGCUGAGGAUAGGAAAGUGGGAGACGGCACUGGACUGGUUACCAGAGUACCUGGGAUGGCUUCCUCCAGCAACUCCUUGCCGACGUCUCCGGCGACGACAUGCGUAGAGUACGAUGUUUUCUUGAACUUCAGAGGGCCGGAUACUCGACCGAACUUCACUGAUUGCCUCUACACGGCCCUCACCGGUGCAAGGAUCUCUGUCUUCAGAGACACGGAGGAGCUCACUGUCGGAGAAAACAUCAACUCUGAAAUCCUUGAAAAGAUCAGACGGUCGACGAUCUCCAUACCCAUCUUCUCGGAGAACUAUGCUUCCAGUAAGAGCUGCCUUAUGGAGGUAGCAGAGAUGGCGGAGUGCAGGCGCCGAGCGGGCCAAGUGAUCAUGCCCAUUUUCUACGACGUCCCUCCCUGGGUGGUAAGACACCAAGGGGGUACUUUCGAACGGGAUUUCCGCGAGCACGAGAGGAAAGGAAUCGACCCGGAGACUAUCCAUACGUGGAAGCAAGCUCUCAGCGAUGUCGGGGACUUGAAGGGAUGGGAACUUGCCAAGAUUGAUAAUGGGCAUUACUCGAAAGUUAUACAGCUUGUUGUUUCACAUGUGGAAAUAGUGUUGAAGAAGGUUCAACUAGUUAUUCCUGAGUAUUUAGUCGGGAUAAACGACCAUGCAAAACACUUAAUGAGAGAGCUCGAUAUGGCCUCCACCGAUGUGCGGAUUAUUGUAAUUCACGGCAUUGCAGGGAUCGGCAAGACAACUCUUGCCAAGUUCAUGUACAACCAGAUUUGCAAUUCCUUUGACGGCUGCUGCUUUCUUGAGAAUGUCCGAGAAGCUUGUAGACAGAGCAAUGGGCUCCGAUGCUUGCAGAGACAAUUGGUCUCAGACCUCCUAAAGCGAAGAUCUGAGGAGUUCAGUACCCGUGAUGAAGGUAUUCAAUUCAUCAAACAUAGAUUUGGCAGUACAAAAGUUCUCAUUCUCCUUGAUGAUGUGGAUGACUGUGAACAUGUCAAAGCAUUGGUCGGGGAAGGCAAUUGGUUCGGGCAAGGAAGCAGAAUUAUUAUAACUACCAAAAGGGGAGAUAUUCUCAACAUUCCUGCCACCGUUUUGAAAUAUGAAGUCGAGUGGAUGAAAGAGUCUGAAGCUCAGAAGCUAUUUAAUUGGCAUGCUUUUGGAUCAAAUAUUCCUGAGGAAGGAUAUCAUGAAUUUUCGAGAGACAUUGUUUCACUUAUUGGAGGGCUUCCUUUAGCUCUUGAGGUUAUAGCGUCAGGUUUGUUCAGAAAAGCAAAGGAGAUCUGGAUAGACACUAUCAAGAAAUUAAGAGAAACGCCAGAUCCAACACUUGUGGAGAAAUUGAAGAUAAGCUAUGAAUAUCUUGAUGUUUCGCAGAAGGAGAUAUUCCUUGACAUAGCAUGUUUUCUCAUUGGAAAAGAUCAACGAUUUGCAUUUUACAUGUGGGAAGGCUGUAAUCUUUAUCCUUUUAUCGGAAUCAACAGUCUCCUCCUCUUAUCUCUGGUGAAAAUUGGAGACAGUGGUGAGCUGUGGAUGCACAACCAACUAAGAGAUCUUGGUCGAGAAAUUGUUCGGAGGGAAAAUCCAGAAAGACCUAGAAAGCGCAGUAGGCUGUGGGAUCAUACGGAUGCUUUUCGUACAUUGAAGAAAAUGAAGAGAUCAAAUAAGGUCGUAGGCCUAAGUCUUACAUUUGAGGAUGACUUGGACAACUGUUUCACUGGUAUGGAAUUUAGUUGUCUCCCAAAUUUGAGGUUCCUUAGAUUGGAUCAGGCGGCUACUGAAGAACGUUUUGAGCAUCGUCUUUCCAGUUUAAGAUGGCUUGAUUGGGAAGGCUGCUCUAAGAUCGAUGAUGUUCUUGAUAUGCAUUUGGAAAACUUGGUCGUUCUAGACCUGUCGUCUAGUAAGGUCAAUCAAGAUCGUGAUAGUUGGAGUAAACUCAUGAAGAUGGCAAAGGAAUUGAAAGUUUUGAACCUCCAGGGUUGCGCCAACUUGCGUGGAUCCCCUUCCUUCCCCACUGAAAUGACUUUGAAAAUACUGAUCUUGGAAGGUUGUUACCGAUUGAUGCGAGUUGACCCCUCCAUUAGUAAUCUAAAGGGUUUGAAGUCUUUAAAUUUGAAGUUCUGCAUUGAAGUCAAGCAGUUGCCUGAAGGACUUUGUUUCAUGAAAGAGUUGAAAGAACUCUUGCUAGAUGGAACCUCCAUACGCAGAAUUCAUUUCCCAAAAGGUUCCAUGGAGCAGCUUGAAGUUCUUAGUGCUUGUGGCUGUAAAAAUUUGACCCUAAUAACAGACUCAAUCGGCAACCUGAAAUCUCUCACACACCUUGCGUUGGACGAUGCGAUCAUCGGGAAGCUUCCAAGUUCAAUUGGUUCACUGGAAAGGCUCCAAAGCCUGUCUCUGAGAAACUGCUACAAUAUACUCCAGCUACCUCCAUCUGUCGGUGAUCUGAAAUCACUUAUGGAAAUUGAUUUGUCGAACACCAAGAUUGCCGAAUUACCUCCUUCAUUCAACAACUUGAAAAACUUGAAGGUGCUGAAGAUGGAGGGUUGUUUCCUGAGGGAAUUUCCGGGAGCUCUUUCACAUUUAAGUAAGAUGGAAGAGAUAGAUUUCUCGCUCUGCAGAAGUUUAUCUGGCGACAUCUCUAUUGACAUCACGGCUCUGCCUGUUCUGAGAAUAUUAAGACUGUCACACACAGAAAUUUCAAGCCUUACUGCUACCAUAGCAGGACUUUCUGACCUUGAAGUGCUUGAUUUGCUCGAGUGUAAGAAACUCCAGAUGUUGCCGAUGUUACCCUCGAGUUUGAGUAGUCUGCGGGUGGGAUCCGAGAUGUUGCGUGAGGUUCCAGAUCUCUCCACUUUGACAAACUUAAAGGAGUUACAUUUGCAGUUUGAUCCUGCAGUGGCCUCUUGCGAAGUUCUUAACACCUUCGGAUGGAUCUUAAGCUUAUCAAAAUUGGAGACAUUGGAAGUGUACCUGUCGAACCUCACUGAGCUAAGGCUACCACCGGGAUUUGUCAGCCUUUCUCAGCUUAGGAAACUCACGUUUUCUAGGGUCGAUCUGCAAUACCUUCUUUACUUUCCCUCGAGCUUAUCGACAUUGUCUCUGCAGCAUUGCAGAUCAUUGACGAAAGCACCAGAUUUUUCGAACUUGAAUGGUUUGUCAGAACUGGAGCUCCUUCACUGUAAAAUGGCAGAGAUUCAUGGCCUUGAGCAUCUAAAGGCACUGCAGGAUCUGAAAUUAUCGCACUGCUGUGUAAAAGGGCUCGGGGGACUCAACCGAUUGAGUAAUUUGAGAAACCUGACAUUGUUCAACUGUGAAUUUCUUGAGAUAUUACCGGACAUAUCUCACUUAAAAAUGUUGAGAGAACCGGAGAUCGAAUUUUGCCGCUUUGCGUGUGAUGAUAAGGACCCACGGCAUUACGCCGGGCUUCGGACUGAGUCAGCUAUCGCAGACCCAUUCCUCGAUUCUCUUUGCAACCUUAGGCACGCUGAGGACAGCGGAAAGCAGAGUUUGCUGAACUGAGGAAAGGCCAGAACAGAAUUUGGCCACAGGAAGCAAUCAAGAUCUAAACCGGUGAUAAAUGUUCAUUUUGGCAAAUUUUAGGGCGGUUCAAUUUUGCGUAUGCGGUUUCAAUGUUAAAUUUUGACAAUAUUGAAGAUAAAAAUUCAUCCUAUACUCGGGCAUGGGUGAAAGAAGGUUAUUACUAUAACAAGAUUAUAAAUUUGUAAAUUUUCGUAUUCCUACGUGGGAAAAUAGAUGUUAAUGUCGUAUAUUGGUUGUUUUAUUUUUCUAUUUUGUCUUCUAGAAUAUGAUGUUAGGGUCCACGACUCUUAUUUCGCAAUACCAAGGGCUCCCAUGUAAAAUCACUCCGUGAAGUGAAGUGGGGUUUAGUUCCA